AUGAAACCCGCCGUUGUGCUUUCCAUCCUCGGCGCGCUGGCUGGCUGCUGCUUUGGCAGGCUCGUCCACGCGGCCGACGACUCCAACGACACAGAGCACGCAGAAAUCCAGCCCAAAUGUUUCAAGCAGAACUACUACAUCAACGCGGCCGGCGACAUGAGAGACCUCCACGACUGCCAGAUCAUCUCCGGCAACAUCAUCAUCAAGGGCUACGAUUCCGACAGUCUGGACCUCGGCUCCAUCUCUCACAUCAAGGGCUCUUUGAGCGUGGCCAACGCUAGCAGUCUGCUGAGAAUCGAGGGUGUCGAGCUCGCCACCAUCGAUGGCACAUUUGCGCUGGACACCUUGACCUCUUUGACCUCGAUUUCGCUGCCCAAGCUGGAAAGCAUCGACACGAUCCAGUGGAAGGUGCUUCCUAUUCUGAGUGCCGUCAAUCUUGAUAAGGGCAUCAAGCGGAUUAACUCUGUUGUGAUGAGCGACACCUCGCUGACGGGCUUUUCUGGCUUCAACGUCGAGUCGCUCAAGACGCUCAACAUCAACAACAACCGGUUCCUAGAGCGAAUCGACUCCUCUGUCAAGGAGAUCACAGAGACCUUGCUGAUUGCUGCCAAUGCCAGAAACUUGCAGGUGUCGCUCUCAGACCUCACCUGGGCCAACACCAUCACCAUCAAGGACACCAGCAGCCUGAACCUGGAGAGCUUGCAGGUGGUGGAGAACUCUGCGCAGUUCAUCAACAACAGGUUCAGCGAGCUCAAGCUGCCAAAACUGAAAUCCACGGGCAUGACGCUCAGCGUGAUCAACAACAAGCAGGUGCGCACCGUUGAGUUCCCGUCGCUGGCCGAGGUGGGCGGCGGCCUGAUGAUCAUCGACAACGACCAGGUCAACAGGAUCGACUUUUUCCCCGUGUUGCGGGCGAUCGGCGGCGCGAUUGAGUUCCAGGGCAACAUCGACGCAAGCAGCUUCAAACAGCUCAAGGUGGUCAAGGGCAGUGCUAUCAUCAAGUCGACGUCGACGCAGUUCGACUGCAACAAGUGGAUGAAAGAGGAGGUCAGCGGUGUGGUGCGCGGCGGCAAGAUCGAGUGCGGCUCUGGUGCGUCGAGAUCCACUGAGGUGCUGCUCGUGGACGAGUCCGGCGACAUUACGACGGGCACCCCUGGCGUCAACAGCGGCGUUGCCGACGGCGACCACGCAAAAAAGACGCUGGCCCGGAGCGGGUCCUCUAGCUCCACGCCGUCGGGCAUUGGCUUUGCGGCCGUGCUGCUCGGCUUUGGGGUCUCAUGGCUUGCUAUGCAGCUCUAA